ACGUCAAAGUGACAAUUAUUUUGCUUUGCUACGAAACGAAAAUUGUAGAAAAUUGAUUUAGCUUAAAAAUGUCCAUUGCAAAGAUAUUUGCACUAGAUAAAGUAGCCAAUUUCUUUAACAUCAUACGCCAAAAUGGGGGCAUUCGAGGUUCCCUGUGGAAACUAUACCGUCAGGAUGACUUGAAGGACGGUACCCUGGUAGGCGAAGACAAGUUUGGUAACAAAUACUAUGAGAACCCCCGCUACUUCUAUUCCCGUAACCGUUGGGUGGAGUACUCUCCUAACUUCCACAUGAACUAUGAUGGCAGUCAGGUGCCCGCUGAAUGGUUUGGCUGGCUGCACUACAAGACCGAUCUUCCCCCACACCAGGACCCCAGCCGCCCUAAAUAUGACUGGAUGUUGUAUGGCAAUGAAAACCUCUCUGGCACCAAGGGACAAUAUGUACCCUACAGCACCACUAGACCCAAGGUCGAGGCCUGGGUCCCCAAGUCCAAGGAAUAAAGUGUUUAAACCCGUUCUGACAACACUCCGAUAGUAAAGAGUAGAAAUAGAGAGCGCCACUGAGCGUAAGCAACAUUGUAUACUUAUUUUGUGUACAAACUUAUUUUGUUAACAUCAAAUAUUGAUAUAUCCAUCUCAUUCCGCCACAUAAGUGCAUCUCGUAUGACAUGUAUUUGACAAUCUGGUGUCACCAGCAAGUUCCUUUUAAAUUUCUACUAGUUUUACUCUUUACAGUCGAAUCUUUACAAUGUAGGUACGGCCGCCAUCAGAUAAUAAUAGGAUCAGAUAAAUAGGAGCGGCCAAGGUGAUCAUAAAUAUCUGAACACGCCUUUAUUGUCAAGGCGCUAGAGUGCGUGUUCAGAUAUUUUUGAGCGCCUCGGAUAUUUAUUAUGGCGACUGUACAACAUGUUCUAUCAUCUAUUUUUGUCAUUUGAUAACAUAUAAGUAAAUAAAAAUUAUAGGUUAUAAAAUGCACUUAAAUAAAGGUUGUAUUUGUAUGAUUUGUUGAUUCAGCCAAUGUCUUUAAACUACAACAGGCAGUUGUUACAUUUUAGUUUUAAGUAGAAAAUGGAAUAAAUCUAUUUAUACGAGC